CCAUUUUCCUGCGAGCGCGGCGGAGCCGGCCCGGCCCCGGCCCCGCCGCCGCCCCCAAUGUAGCGGCGCGGCCGCCCCGCACCCGCCCAGCCGCGGGGCCGCCUCCGGCAUGCGGAGCUGCAAGAUGGUGCGGGUGGCCAGCGUGCUGGGGCUCGUCAUGCUCAGCGUGGCGCUGCUCAUCCUGUCCCUCAUCAGCUACGUCUCGCUCAAGAAGGACAACAUCUUCGGGGCGCCCCGCGCCGCCGGCGCCGCCGGACCCCGCAUGUACAUGUUCCACGCGGGAUUCCGGUCUCAGUUUGCACUGAAGUUCCUGGACCCCUCGUUCAUCCCCAUCACCAACUCCCUGGGCCAAGAGCUGCAGGACAAGCCCUCCAAGUGGGUCUUCAACCGGAGCGCCUUUGCCCACCAGAGGCAAGAAAUCCUUCAGCAUGUUGACGUCAUCAAAAACUUUUCUCUGACCAAGAGCAGCGUUCGGAUCGGGCAGCUGAUGCACUAUGAUUAUUCCAGCCAUAAGUAUGUUUUCUCCAUCAGCAAUAACUUCAAGUCUCUGCUUCCUGACGUGUCUCCCAUCCAGAACAAGCACUACAAUAUCUGCGCCGUGGUCGGCAACAGCGGGAUCCUGACCGGGAGCCAGUGUGGGCAGGAAAUUGAUAAAUCGGAUUUUGUCUUUCGGUGCAAUUUUGCUCCAACCGAGGCUUUCCAGAAAGAUGUUGGAAGGAAAACCAACCUUACCACCUUCAACCCCAGCAUCCUGGAGAAGUAUUACAACAACCUUUUGACCAUUCAGGAUCGCAACAACUUCUUUUUAAGUUUGAAAAAGCUCGAUGGGGCCAUUCUUUGGAUCCCUGCCUUUUUCUUCCACACAUCAGCAACAGUCACGAGAACACUGGUUGACUUCUUUGUGGAGCACAGAGGGCAGCUAAAGGUCCAGCUGGCUUGGCCAGGAAAUAUCAUGCAGCACGUUAACAGGUACUGGAGGAACAAGCACCUGUCCCCGAAGCGGCUGAGCACAGCUGGGCGUUGCCGUGGCCGAUGGAGGAAGCCACUCGGAAUUGCAGCGCAUCGUCACACGCAAGUUCCUCAGUGUGGAUCCUGAUUUCCACCGCUUGGGUAUUUUCGUAUUUACUGAAUUUUACAUUUUUUAAAGAAUAACAAGAAGAAGGUCACAAAGUGGCUCAUACCUUAGCUAGGUGUUUCUAUCACUCUUGGAAUACUUCAGUGUUUUAAUUCCUUUCGGGACAGAUCCUAGUCCAGACUAGACAGACGGAGGCAUGCUCAUUCCCAUCCAUCUGAUACUAUUCUGUCAUUUGAUUUUAAAGUUGAACCACCACAAUACAUGGAAUUAGGCUUCUCUGUAGACAUAUUUGGUGAGAAAAGCCCCAAACCCCAUCCCUCUGCUUGGGCAGGAUGGGCAAAAAUGGAAGCCAGGUGCUGGGAUUUUUAAAACCAGUUUUUGCAGGGAAGUGAGCAGAGCUGGAGUGCAGGAAAGAGGAAAUGCCAUGACCAAAUUUCCCCAUUUAUGUCUCUAACUCACCAGUCAGACGGCUGGAGUAGUGUCCCCAUUUUCCCGUCACCAACAGCACUCCAAGGCAGACAGGGCAGAUGCUUCCUUGGCACCACAGGAAGUCCAACUGUUUGGGGACAGGACAAACAAUAGGGUCACUUACAGUUGGGAAGUGUUGGCCAUUAUCUCUCAGGAUUAAGGAACCUGGGAAAUUACUGGGUUUCUUAUGAGUAUGCUGGCAAGUAUUUAACCAUUUUCUACUGUUCUGAGUGAGAACUGACCCAACAAUGAAAGAAGAUGCAAAAUCCAGUAUUUAAAAUGGCACAGGUAAUUUUUCUUAGCUUCUUUACCUACGAUCAGACAUAGGAGAUGAGGAAGGAGAUCUCCUGCACAACACCCAAGCUGAGCAGCCCAGGCAUGUCCUGGUGCCCACUGUGGCACCGCAGCUCCAUUGGCCCCCCAGCCAGGAUGGUUCUCCCCCACGCCCCUGGGUGGAGAAGGAGCUGGUGGCUUUCUCCUUCAUUUGAAUUAUCCCACAUUUCCCAGCUUUGCUUUUCCAAAGGCUGUUUAGGGCUGUGGUGGGGCUUGGAUCACCCCCCUGCUGCCCCAUGUCCAGAACUGCCCCAGCCACUGUUCCUGGGGCCCUGGCCAGUCCUGCGCUCCUCACACUUGCUCAGCAGGGUCCAGCUCGAGUGCCUGUGCUCACGGAGUCACAGUGGUGCAGGGUGAUGUCCCAGUGCCGUGCCCCCAGGCGAGGACUGAGUGCCCCCAGUGCCAGCAAGGGCUGUGGGAUCACAGCCUCUCUGGGAGCUGUGGGGCUGGCAGCAGCUGGGCAGCACCAGUCCCAACAAAGCCUCCAGGGACCCUUCUCCACGUGCUGGAGCACACAGACUGUUUAGGCUCAGACUAGAAAUUGCACAGGGAAAGAAGAGCUCUGCACUGGUCGUUAAUGAAGUGCAGGAAUUAAUAAUUUCUGAUAUUGUUUCCUAUGGAGCUGUACAGCAGCUGUGCUGGUCACUGGGGUCCGUGGUAAAGCAGUGCCCAGCAACGCUAAUCCUAAUGGCAAAGAGCCCACCGGGGCAGAAGGGUCACCCCGAACCCUGAGUGACCCUUCUUGGCUUGUCUGAAUGCCAGAUAUUUUUAUCAAGAGACCUUUUACGAAUUUCCUGUGGGGACCCAUCAUUUCUCACCAGCACAUUAAAGAAAUGAGAACUAUUAUCAUUAUAUUGGCAUGAAAGCAGGGAGCAGUGUGCUCCAUACAGUUUCCGGAACCUCCCAUGGUCCUGGAGAGGGGUACAACCCCCUGCCAGCCCUGGGCACAGCCCUGGCAUCACCCCCAGAACUUUCCAAAAGCACAAAGAGGCACCAAAUGCAGAGAAGGAAGCACAAAACUGACUGCAAAUAUUUGGAAAUGGGAAUACAGAAAAAUUAUUGACAGAGCGCCAUAUUACAUCAUUGAUUUUUAAAGCAAAACUCCCCAUCGAUGCUCCAGACCCACAUUGAACAUUUCAGAAUCAUUGAUUUUAAUGGGAGUUCUGCCCCGUGAUCGAUGGCACAGCACAGCCCAAAGUAAAUUGCUUCUUAGUAUCAAUAUUCUUUUGCCCAAGCUCAUGCAAGGUGGAAAACCAUCUCAAAGUGCACAGCUUUUGUUUGGCCAGGUGGGGUCUGAGGGAGAGGUGAGGAUGGCAGGGGAUGGAGAAGACAGCGGCUCAGGAGGAGAGGCUCUUUGGGGCUGCCUCUCUCCAGCAGAAAUGCCUUUGCAUUAAUAAGCAAGUAUCUUUAUUAUUUAUUUAAUUGUUAUUUACAAGGUGCGGGGGGCUGCCCUCCCCUCUCCAGCCCCUUUGCCAACAGGAUGGGUGCCAAGGUGCUGGGGGUGUACAUAGGAUUGGGAAUACAUGUGUCAUCUCUUCUUUUAUACAUCUUGGGUCUCUAUUUUUGUUGCUUGCGUCUCCUCGGUGAACGGUAGCAAGGCAUGUGAAAACAGGCAUUUGGCUACCAGGUUUAAUUGUAAGACUAAGCCAAAAAGCAAGAGUUUGUGAAACAGAACUAACUGUGAAUGGAGGCUGCAAAAACAGGGCAAAUAGGAAAAAGCAGGUUUUCUGUAAAUGAAUGUGUCUUUAUUUCAAUGGCUCUACAGUUCAAUGCCUGAUGGAGUUGUUUUAGAUAAAAAAAAAAAUAAAAAAAAUAAAAAAAGAAAAAA